AUGCGGGCAGCGGUGGCGGUGUCGCUGUCGCUGUGCUGGCUCUGGGCGGCGGGGCGCAGCCUGCCCCGGCUGCGCCUGUCCUACCGCGAGCUUUUAGGCUCCAACCGCUCCGUGCUCUUCUUUGGCCACCGCGGCUCCCUGGGCUUCCGCUGCCUCUACCUGGACGAGUACCGCGACCGGCUCUUCCUCGGGGGCAAGGAUGUGCUCUACUCCCUGCUCCUGGACGGGGCCACUGCAGAUGCCAAGGAGAUCUAUUGGCCACCCCGCCCUGGGCAGACGCAGGAGUGUUUCCAGAAGGGGAAGGACCCAGGGACUGACUGUGCCAACUAUGUCCGUGUGCUGCAUCCCUACAACCGGACACACCUGCUGGCCUGCGGGACAGGCGCCUUCCACCCCAUGUGCACCUUCGUCUAUGUGGGGCACCGUGGUGAGCACACCUUCAGCCUGGACCCUGCCAGCGUGGAGAGCGGCCGGGGCCGGUGCCCGCACGAGCCCAGCCGCGCUUUCGCCAGCACCGUCAUCGGAGGGGAGCUGUACGCCGGCCUCACGGCAGAUUUCCUGGGGCGUGAUCCCGGCGUGUUCCGCAGCAUGGGGACCCGCUCCGCCCUGCGCACGGAGGUGGACCAGCGCUUACUGCAUGAUCCCAAAUUUGUGGCAGCCCACUUGAUCCCAGACAACAAUGACCGGGACAAUGACAAAGCCUAUUUCUUCUUCACGGAGAAGGUGGUGGAGGCAGAUAGCAAGGAGCACGCCAUUGUCAGCCGUGUGGGGCGUGUCUGCGUGAAUGAUGCUGGUGGCCAGAGGGUGCUGGUCAACAAGUGGAGCACCUUCAACAAGGCCCGGCUGGUAUGCUCAGUCCCCGGCCCUGAUGGCAUUGACACCUACUUUGAUGAGCUGGAGGAUGUCUUCUUGCUGAGGACAAAGGAUGGGAAGAGCCCAGAGAUCUAUGCCCUUUUCAGCACUGUCAGCCACGUUUUCCGGGGCUCUGCUGUCUGUGUGUACCGCAUGGCCGACAUCCGGGAGGUGUUCAACGGGCCCUUUGCCCACCGGGAGAGCCCCCAUCACCAGUGGGCUCCCUACGAGGGCAGGGUGCCCUACCCACGGCCAGGCGUGUGUCCCAGCAAGACCACCAACCAGCCCCGGCGGCAGUACGGCACCACCAAGGACUUCCCUGACGAGGUGCUGCACUUUGCCCGUGCCCACCCCCUCAUGUUCCAGCCCGUGCUCCCCCGGCACCGCCGGCCCCUCCUGGUGAAGACCGACCUGCCCCAGCGGCUGCGCCAGCUCGUGGUGGACAGGGUGGAGGCCGAGGACGGGCAGCACGACGUCCUCUUCCUCGGCACAGAUGCUGGCUCAGUGCUGAAGGUGGUGGUCAUGCAGAAGACGAGCUCAGCCGUGACUGAAGAAGUCAUCCUGGAGGAGCUGCAGGUUUUUAAGAUGCCUGUGCCCAUCACCCAGAUGGAGAUCUCUGUCAAACGUCAAAUGCUCUACGUGGGCUCCAGCCUGGGCGUGGCCCAGGUGCGGCUGCACCAGUGUGAGUCCUAUGGCACUGCCUGUGCCGAGUGCUGCCUGGCCAGGGAUCCCUACUGUGCCUGGGAUGGCACUGCCUGCACCCACUACCAGCCCUCCGGCAAGCGCCGCCAGCGCCGCCAGGACACGCGCCAGCCCAACCCUGCCCACCAGUGCCUGGACCAGAACCUGACCGUGGACGAUUUUGAGAGCGUUGAGGAGAAGGUGCUUUACGGGGCAGAGGACAACAGCACCUUCCUGGAGUGCGUGCCUCGCUCCCCGCAGGCCAGCGUGCAGUGGUUUGUCCAGAGGCCGCCCGACGAGCAGCGGGACGAGGUGAAGACGGACGAGCGGAUCCUGCAGACGGAGCAGGGGCUGCUGUUCCGCAGGCUGCACCGGAACGACGCCGGCACCUACUACUGCAAAACGCUGGAGCACGGCUUCACCCAGACCGUGGCCAAGACCGCCCUGCGGGUCAUCCCCAGCCAGCAGCUGGCACACUCCUUCCCCCGGGGCCCAGGGGACGAGCUCCCACCCCUGCUGUGCCCCGAGCCCCGGCUGCUGCCACAGGCUCCCAAGAGCUGGUUCAAGGACAUCAUGCACCUGGUCAGCUCCCCAAACCCACGGCGCGUGGAGGAGUACUGCGCCCGCCUCUGGUGCAGCAGCCGCCCUCAGCACCGCAAGAGCAAGAUGGCCCAGGCCAAGCUGGUCCUGGCCGGCGUGGACGUGGCCAAGAAGGGACGGACAGGCAAAGCCCACAGCGAGAGGAACCGUGUGCCCCGGCAUGCACCAGCCACUUAG